GGGCGGCACAUACAAAACAAUUUGAAGGAUAAAGUGGCAAAUGGAACGUGAGUUUAAUGAUAUAUGUAGUUCUAUUCUAAACUAGUUAUAUAUAUCGCUCAUAAACGCCGUGUGUAUUCAAUAGAGGAAAUGUUUUAAAGCGUUUGCAACUUACGUGACGUCCGAACUCAGCAUGCUAUGGCUGUAGCUAGCCCGUUCUUGCUAGCUAGCUAGCGUGUAGCUUCGAUGGCGCUGCGAUGGUCGUCAUAGGGAGAACAUUUGGGGCUUAAUUCUUAAUUCAGUCGGAGCACCGAGGCUCCGAGGCUGAGCUCUGUGCCCGCCGAGAGCGCCGCAUGGAGGCGGCGCUGAAUAACUUGUCGAGUACGGUCGAGUUGCUGGCGGUGGCGGCGCGGAGUGGUGACGUUCGUCUCUGGGACCUGCAGUCUCUCUCUCGGGCUUUUCACUGGGCCUGCUACUGCGAGCACCUUUUCUCAAAGUUCCACCAAAAUCCCAAGAUAAGAGGGAUUAUGGAGAUGCAACUGCAGCACACAAAUAACAGUUUGCGAGCUGUCUUCGCUGACUACGCAGACCUCUCCUUUUUGGACCUGUCACAAUGCCAGCACCUUUUGCUAACAGGGCUCCUGAACAACCCUAAUCUCCCCCUCGCCAUCAUGAAGAUACUUUUUGACACCAAAACGCCAGCAACCAUCAAACCAGGAGAGUAUCAGGAUGUCACGGGGCUUUGCAGUCACAUCAUUCAAUGCAAAUCUGCUUAUAAAAUCUUAAAUCCUCUCACGGGUCAGUCAGAAGCCGGUGUUGAGGUGCAGGGCGCCAUGUUGAUGGAGAGCCUUCACGCCCUGCUGAGCCGAGGAGGCGAAGCUUGCCGGGCGCGGCGUUUUCUUGACGCUGUCCUCCUGGGAUGCAAAGAAGCAGAACAUUUGUGUUUGGUCCUCGCUGCUGCUUUGCUGACUGGAGGAAAUGCGCAUGCACAAAUCGCUCCAGUGGAUUUUCUUCAGGACUGGCUCCAGCAAAAACACAGCCUGCUGCAGCAAAUGUGCUUCACACUGCCUACAUCUCUUCUAAAAGACCUGGCCAAAGAACAUGUCAAAUUUAGGGACAUGUACUGCGCUGUUCUUAAAAAAUGGGCUGUAGAUAUGGAGUACUGCGUCGAUGAAGGCAAAUGGGUGCAAAGCAGCACAAGUCCCAAAGUGUCUUUUCGGGAAGUGACUGAGCACUUUGUGGUCUUGCUGGAGGCAUGUCCCACUUUGAGGAGAACUGUGGAAAAAGAGCUGAAUGAUUUGAAGAUAUCUGAUGGAGACUUUGAUGUCAGAGGACUAAGUGUGUGGGGAGAUCUCUUAACAGAAAUACACAAGUGUCAGUCGCAGCUUGAUGGAUAGUUUCACAACUGUGGUCAACCAUUUAGCAUUUUGUCUCAAUCCGUACACUGAAUUGAUACCAUACCCUCAGUUUUAAGGGAAGUCAAUCCCUCAUGAAUGAGAAUAGAAUGAAUGUUAGUAUUAAAAAAAAAAGGACCGCAGUGAAUCUCACUGUAAGGUGUUUCAAAUAUUUUGACCCACUCAUGGAAGCAAAAAAAAAAAAAACAAUAUACAAAAAAACUGGAAAUACAUCCACCCCUCCAUUUUUCUAUAGCACACCCUAAGUUGGAGCCUGUACAAGUUUACUAAGUGAGAGGCAGUUAGUCAGAGGGCAUAUGUAGACAAACAAGCAGUUACACCUACAUUCACACCAAUGCGAAAAUGACUACAGGUGCCCACCUCCAAUCAAUCGAAAAUGACUACAUUGUGCAUUGUCCAAAGUAGAGUGCCCAGAGAAAAUCCAAAUGGGCGAGAGCGUGCAAACACCCACGGCAAGUCCUGAACACUGAUUUGAACCCAGAACAUCAGAAUUGUGAGGCAGAUGUCUAGAACAAGACUGUCCUUCACCCCUGUGGUAAUGCCUUAACUAACUGUAAUUCUGUUAUCUAAAAUCUAAAAAGUAAAACAUAGACUGUAUCAUCACAGGCUUUCGUGUGACUCCAAGUCAGCCAGUGAAUUGUUCACACUAAAUGAGUUUGUGAAGAUGUAUGGCAAGCAGCACUUUUAUUUUAAUUUUAUUUUGUGUGUGUGAAUGGUGUGGGCAAUGUUGCAGCCCUUGAUUUAUGACAUGAUAUAAUGCUG